UUCCACACAAUUUUCCUGCAGCUCACACAACCUUUUCGUGUUUUGUGUCAGCUUUCUUGUUCAACAAACUCACGCACACUCACGCAAACCCUCGUGAGCAGCACGACAGCUUCAUCCACCACGACAAUGGCGACAACAUCAGCAAUGCCGCAACUUGGCCGCACUCCACCAACGUUAUCUUAUUUUUGUGUUUAUAAUCCGUCUCUCGCGCAAUCCGAGGAAAACACUAAAGAUCAAAUUCUCUAUUACACCGCUAAAAAAGUGGUUCCAGCCGACGUCAAGAUGAAACAGGUUGGAUUAGCACAAGCAUUGGUGAAUUUCAGCUCGGCAUUUUCACCGUCGCAUUCUGCACAGAACGUCCAUUCGCAAAAGAACCGACUCGUCUUUCUCCAGCCAGAGCCAGGCUUUUGGUUGCAUAUGUGUAUCGAACUCUCCGUUUUGCGCAAACAAGUCAAGGAUCAAAAAGGCAAAGAAAAACUUGUAACCGAAUACUUGGAUUCUCAGCUGAAUGAUCGAGCAAUCGAGAGCGUGCUCAAGCUCGGUUAUGAACAGUUCAAGCUGCUGAACGGAACUAUGACAUCGAUACUGGAUAUUUUGGAUCGUCGUGUCCUGAUGCAUCGGAUUGAGGAGUUUUUCUCUGAAUGGAUUUGGCAGUGGGAUUUUGAUCGGCUUGAUCGGAUGGUAUUUUCCGGCGUGUUCAACGGUGUGCCGACGAUCCGGUAUAACGAGGACGAAUUAGAACCGAUGCGAAAAUUAGAUCAAGCACUGCAGGACGAAUAUGAAGUGGCUCAUAUAAUGGUUUUGGAUGAGGAUCAGCUGGUCUAUCGCUCGGACUCUUUAAGUAUGGUAGAUGUACGGUCCUUGCGUAAGUAUGUCUGUCAGCAGAUGCAGCAACACCAACAGGACGAUAUUCUGCAGCAGGAACAAUCUGCUAUCAAUACCAGAAAGGACAAGUUAUCCGGAUUUAAAUCAUUCACGCGAACGUUGUCAAAUACCCAUAUCCUUGACUAUUUCUCAUCAACAAAUACCAAAGACUCAAGCAAACCAGAAGAUUCAUCCGAUACGCAAGAACCGACAGAGCAACAACAAGAAGAAGCUGCCCCAGACCUGGAAAUUCGCACAGAGCCGAUCCACGGUGAAUUUCACGAGAUUGUACGGGUAUAUCUUAGCAGCAGGUCUGCGUUGGCUAUGGAAGAACAGGAGCUUCUUGAAGAGUAUCUUUUGAUCAUCUAUAAGCAUAAUGAAAGCAACCUUCUGUGGAGCUUUUUAAUACCCUCGUUUGCUGAUGGCGCCGACGAAUUUAUUACCAGCACAACAAGUCUUCCCGAGCUCGAAGGUUUUCUUGUCAAACACGAGUUGAAUACUGCUGUUGCUACAGUGAAGGAGAACAAAGAAACCAAGCAGGAAAAGAGCCUUUCAUUAGGAAAGCAUUUCCGCAGCUUUUUUUACGACAACGCCACCCUCAAUAUGCGCUCCACUUUGCUAGAACAGCGAAAGGACUCAUUUACAGUUAGCAACGAUAUGCUUUUACAACUACUGGAUCUCAACAGUGACUUUGAAACGUUUCCAAACACAAGUGAGGUAUAUACGCGCUCUACGGCAAACUACUGGAUUGCAGCAAGACGUGUGUACAAUAAGCAUGGCCGAAAACAGCAGCGUCAGCAACCUAGCACUGAUCCAGAUUCAACGAGCGACCAUCAAGAACCGCCCACAGAGGACGAGGAAGACGAAAUUGUAACAGAAAGACGGCGUAGUCCAGACGAUUACACGGAAAUGUAUUUGAUAGCCGCUAAAAAGGAUACAUCUUUAGCAGAUGUGGAAGAAACGAUUCGGAAAAUGACCGCAUCGUUGGUGGGACUAUGUGUGUAGUAUACUAUUUACAAUUGAAGUCUUUCGUUGAUGGAAUGCGAUCCAUCCAUCUCGUCGGGGUGAUGCUCGCUUGGCCCACCUAGAAAAAGGAUGAUGUAUAUACAUAUUUGUUUAAUAAAAG